UCUUGGGCUGCCUCCUCUGGAGCAUAAGCUUGCUUCUGACUGGCUCCUGUUGGGUCAGUGGCAUAGGCAGCCUCUCCGAAUGGGUACUGAUCCACAGUUCUGUCAUAGUAUACCCUCAUCUCAAAGUCACUCUCAUGGUGAGACGGGUGUCCAUAAAUCCCUAUCCCGACCGGUCGCUGGAAGUGUGCCGGUAUAGAGACCACGUCCUGGCCGCAAGUGACAGACUGAAGCUCAUAAUCGUCGAAGCUUGGGUGCGGAGUGCUGUCCGACACGUACAGGUCCGCAUCCCCUCUCAAGCUCUGCAUCCUGAGAAUAAUUUUGCCCUCAUGGUUCAACCGCAAGUAGCUGUAAUUCCCAGCUCCUAUUUGGCCCUGGACCACGUGCAGAAGGAGCCACUCCUCCGGGACGUCGUCGUCUUCCAAACAUUUAACCAGGGUCACCACCUGGGACGCCAGGAUCAUCAACAGGGCGCACCUCCAGGGAGCAGCCAUCGCUGGGGCACUCAACUCGGGGACUCCCUCAUCUGCAGUCUCUGCGCUGGGAAGGCACGGGUGACAGGCUUGACCGGAGGUGCUCGUCCACGCAGACCAAGAUUCGUGCACCUGGGUCCCGGGAACCGACGGUGGGGAAGGGGAGGGAGAGAAGGGAUAAAGAGUAGGGAACAGCAGAGAGGGAGGAGCGGAGGCGGCGGGCGGGGCGAGGGAAGCGGUAAGAGGGACGUUAGGACAGGCCCCUGGGGGCACAGGUGUCUGGGGAAUAGCGAGGUCGCCGACCCCGGACUCACCGCCACGCCCCGCAGGCCACGCAGCACCCGCAGCAUCCGGGCUCAGCCUGGAAUUCGGGCCCAGUUGGCGGAAGAGGAGCCGCGCCCGGAAGCGUGGUACUCCGGAAGCGAGGGCUUUUGGGAACCAACUCUGGCCCAAGAGGCCGGAAGUGAGGCAACUCCAGGAUCUCGCGAGAAUGGAGCAGCUUUUUUUUUCCGUAACCAUAGCGACGAGGCUGGCGUUGUCGGUGAGUUCCGGAGAAAGUGGGCCGGACGGUCUGUGAAGCUGCCAAGGAUCGCAGCCUGCCUUGGCUCCUCGGGUCGGUGGUGGUCGGGCGAUAAGCUCCGGCUGAUAAUGGAAACGCCUCCAGAGAUUCCCUCCACUGAUGGCCACACAAGCAAUAUAGUUACUGAACGAUAUGUGGUCGAGUCUAAGAAGUCUGCAGCUUAUGCUCCACUUGCUUGUAGCACACAGCACUGCGCUUUUCCUUUAGAUGGGAACCAUCUCUGUGUGUGGAACCCCAAGGACCCUUCUCACCAGCUUCUCACCCUACAAGGACACCAUCGAUUGAUUACUGCUGUGGUUUUUGGAAAUCAAAUAGAUCCACUUCUGCUCUGCUCUGCAUCAGAGGAUUAUAUUAUAAUAUGGAACGUGGCCGAAUGCAGAGAGAAGACACUUAAAGGGCAGACUCCUCGAGGAACUAUCCUGGGCUCCCUUUUACAAACAGUGUUGUGUUUGCGAUUUAGUCUGGAUGAUCAUGCUGUCGCAGUGUGUACUGGAAACAAAAUAUCUGUGAUGGAUGUAGAGAAGCAGUCUGUGCUGGUAGAGCUGAAGGGCCAUCAAGGCUCAGUGACAGCGGUGGAGUUCUGUCCCUGGCAAUCACACACCCUGGUCUCUGUGUCUGAGGACAGAAGCUUUAAGGUCUGGGACUUUUGUGUGGGAUCCUUGAUGUACAGUUCAUCCAUUUUCACAGCUUACCCUCUCCUGAACUUGCUUAUCAAUGAAGAAAACCAACAGCUGGUCACCGGCAGUGCUGAUGGCCAGCUGUGGAUCUUUAGUUUGAUGGAGGGACAUCACUACCACUGUGUGGCACAUGUGGACCUAAGGAAGAAAAGGGAGACUUUCGCCACCAGAAGAAUGAUGGCUGAACAGCACAGCCUGCCAGAAGACCGUCAGUACCACUACAGACCUGAAGUGGAUAAAAGGGGAGAGGCUGAAGCAACAUUCCCUAUCCUGAACCUGGCACCCUGUGACCUCUGCCUGCUGGACUCCCAGCAUGGAGCUUUUGCUUCUGAGUGUACCAAAUGCCUAUGGAUUGGAAGCUCAACAGCUUUAUUCAUAUUGAACCUGGCAAGCUUUGAAUUGGAGGCUGCUUUAUAUUUCAGUGAAUUUCAGAACCUGAGUAUCCAAGUUGCUGGGUCGUGUGCAGUGAUGAGCGAGCCCAUCAGUGCCAAGGCAUUUUGCAUACUUUCAUCUAUGUUUGGGAGUAAGAUCGCUGUAUUGGAAAUCAGCCUGGCUGCUCUGCUGAGCGCUCAGCAGUGCCCUCGUGCAGGAAGGGCCCUCUCUGUGAUAGCAAGCUCCUGUGUCCUGCCAACUUCUCCACUGUAUUUUGGAAUUAUUAAGGAAAGAUUUCCUAAGCUUGCCAAUACCAAACGACACGCUAUGAAGAAUGUCAUGGAGGACAAGCCCCUGGUUUUCCACACUAAAGUUAGGUCAUCUGGUUAUACAUCAGCACCUCAUAUGGCUAUGUUUUCUCCAAAGACUAACAUCAAACAUAAUAACAAAAGAUCUUCAAAAUACAAGAACAAUUACAAAUGUAAAGAGUACUCUCUGGAGAGCUUCCUACCCAGAAACCUCAUCAGACAGGUUGCUGUAGCCCAGGAACCUGUUGCUGUGAGGUGUCUGCAGUUCUCAGGGGAUGGACAGCAGCUGGCCUGUGGCUUAGGUAACCACCUGUCCCUGGUCUUUGACGCCAGCCUUUCUGGAGCACCGGCUGCCUUUUCAGGGCAUGAUGGAGCUGUGAGCACUGUCUGCUGGAGCCAUGACAAGAGGUGGCUGCUGUCUACAGGCCGAGACCGGACACUGAGGGUGUGGUCAGUUCACAGGACAGAACUCAUGCUGCUUUUGGUAGCUCCAGAUGCUUUUCCCAAGCCAGUAACAUCUGCACAAUUCUACUACAUGGAUACUUUCAUACUGCUGUCUUCCGGCCCAGAAUUUUGUCUGCUGAAGUACCACAUUGACCUCUGUAGGGAUGACAUACGAAGGUAUAAACCAAAAAGCAGGUAUAAGCCUAUUUUUAGGCUCCCAGUGACCAGUGGGGCAGACAUAACCAGCCUGUCAGCGGUGAACGACUUUUAUUCCCACAUCAUACUCACAGCUGGCAGGGACCGGACUGUGGAAGUUUUUGACCUCAAUGCUGGCUGCAGUGCUGCAGUGCUUGCUGAAGUCCAUUCCCGGCCCGUCCAUCGAAUUUGUCAAAAUAAAGGAUCAUCCUUUGUAGCGCAGCAGUCCCUGGCCUAUAAUCUCUUCCUGACUACAGCUGUUGGUGGUGGGAUUCGACUGUGGGACUUGAGGACCCUGAGGUGUGUGCGCUGCUUUGAAGGGCAUCCAAACCGCUCUUAUCCAUGUGGAGUUGCUUUUAGUCCUUGUGGAAGGCUCAUGGCUUGUGGUGCGGAGGACAGACAUGCAUACGUGUAUGAAAUGGGCUCAAGCAGCUUUCUGCACCGUCUUGCAGGACACACAGAUACGAUUACUGAAGUGGCCUUCAACCCUGCAGCUCCUCAGCUUGUCACCGCCACCUUAGACGGGAAACUUCAGCUAUUUGUGGCUGAGUGAAGGCCGACCUGCUGGUACGAAUACAAGAAGAAAGGAGGGACAGAAUCCAUGGCUUAGCUAUUGAAGUGGAUGGGCAGUUUCCAUAGGAGGCCCUUGCUGGAUUCCUCUUCUGUAGGACUGACCCUCAUCUGAGAGUCCCUCCCCUUAAGAAAACACUCAGGAAUAGUGGAAAUGAUACUCUUCAAUAAAGAUUAGCCAAUGCCUC